CUUAGGCAGGACACCCGUCUAUCAUAGGCAGGACACCCGUCUAUCGCGGGUAUUGUGUGUUUUAAAGGCUGACAGAUUUUAUUGUGUUCUUCACAUGGAGACUAUUAAUAGCAGGGUAUGUCAAGUUAACUUAGACAGAUGCAAGGGUUUUUGUCUACAUCACACGCUGUUAUUUUAAUGAUUGCAAGAAAUUGCUGGCGAUAAAGUGAAUUAGUUGAAUUGUUGCACUCAUCAAACAAGGGAAGUAAACGAUUAAAUACUUCACUUUGGGUCCGGUACAAGGGAAGUAACAAAUUAUAUGAACAGGAACAGCGGCAGAUAAUCUGCCACAAUGGGCUGCGCAUCGAGUGUCAUCCCAUGUAAAGGCUGUAAAGGACGAGUCCAACCGGAGGGGUCAAAGGAUCAAGUUCACGGUGUAGGUCGGCGGGUUCAGCCCAAUUACAGGCGGGAUCUGCCAUCAAAUAUCAUAUUAGAUCCGGACAUCAAAACUGUACAAGCUGUUGUGGAGGUUGAUCUAAAAAUUCCAUUGAACGCUAAAGCCCACCACACUCAGGCAUACGAUGUCUGCAAGCACAAAAUCACCCCGAAACUGGUGGUCAGACGAGGUCAGGAGUUCAUGAUUGACAUUCAGCUAUCACGUGAUUAUGACGAGAAUAGCGACAUCUUACGUUUUGUGUUUGAAGCGGGUGAGAAGCCUCUGGAAAGUAAAGGAACACACGUCGAGUUUCUUUUAUCAUCAGACGACAAAUCCAGUAAAUGGGAAGCUACUCUUGUUUCAAAACAGGAAAAGUCCAUCACUGUAAAUGUGACCACACCGCCAUCUUGCCUUGUGGGUAAGUGGAGGCUACAUCUUGACGUCAUUAAAAGUGAAGAGCAUAAAGUCAACAUUUACAGAUACCAGUACAAACAACCCAUCUACGUCAUAUUUAAUCCAUGGUGCAAAGACGACCUAGUCUAUAUGAAUGACCAAAAUCUGUUGAAAGAAUAUAUACUGAAUGAGAAUGGACAGAUUUAUUCUGGCAAUAAAACUACAAUAACAUCAAAACCAUGGAACUUUGCUCAGUUUGAAUCCUGUGUCCUGGAUGUGGCCAUGUAUCUACUCGACAAGUCUGGUCUCAACUGGGCGGUCAGGGGAAACCCCAUCCCUGUGGUCAGGAAACUCUCAGCUUUGAUAAAUUCUUCUGAUGAUGACGGUGUAUUGAUGGGCAACUGGUCAGGCGACUACACAGGGGGUAGAUCACCUCUCUCAUGGACAGGGUCGGCUGCUAUACUAGAGGAGUAUUGGAAAACUAAAGAGUCUGUUAAAUAUGGACAAUGUUGGGUCUUCUCUGGCCUGGCUACAACAAUCUGCAGAACUCUGGGUAUCCCUGCUAGAAGUGUGACCAACUUCGCGUCUGCUCAUGACACUGACGGCUCAAUUACAAUAGACGUCCACUUUAAUGCUGACGGCACCAGUGACAAGGCAGCUGAUGAUGACUCUAUCUGGAACUUCCAUGUGUGGAAUGAAGCCUGGAUGGCAAGACCUGAUCUGCCUUCUGGAUAUGGGGGGUGGCAGGCUUUUGAUGCCACACCACAGGAGGCUUCUGAUGAUGUGUACUGCUGUGGUCCCACCUCUGUUGCCGCCAUCAAGCAAGGGGAGGUAAACCUGCCAUAUGACGGGCCUUUUGUUUUUGCUGAAGUCAAUGCAGACCGCAUGUACUGGGCCCCCAACAGCUUGGGCAAGCUGGAGUGUGUCUACCUCGACAAGAAAGCGAUUGGCAAAAACAUCAGCACUAAAGCUCCUAAUUCAGAUGAAAGAGAGGAUAUCACAUUAGAAUAUAAACAAGAGGAGGGUUCAGCUGCAGAGAGAGCCGCAGUUCUACGAGCCAAUCAAGUUGGCUCCAACAGGAAGGAUAUCUACGUGCAGAAAGCCAAUGACAUAGAUUUCAAUGUGGAACAGGACCAGGAGAACACACAUAUUGGGGGAAAGUUUGAGCUGAGUUUGAAGAUGAAAAACCGGGGAUCUGAACCCCGGACAGUGAGUGGGCGGAUAGAAAUCAGGUCAAUGUACUACACAGGGGUGGUGGCUGAUCUGGUCAAGUCUGACCCCUUUGAUGGUGUGGAGAUCAAACCAGGAGAAGAGUUGAAGCACACUGUAAUAGCCACACAAGAAGACUACUCUAGAAAACUCAAGGACUGCGCCAUGUUAGAUGUCACAAUCUGGGCAGUUGUUAAAGAAACUGACCAGCACUUCACCAAAAAAGACGACUACAGACUCCGCAAGCCACAUUUAGUUAUAAAAGCUCCAGAGGAUGCUGUGGUCAACAAAGAGCUCAAGGUUGAAGUCUCAUUUGUGAACCCACUUAACAGCGCGCUGACCAAAUGUUUCCUCGCUGUUGAUGGUGUGGGGCAGUCACUCAAGAUAUCCCAGGGCAAUGUGUCAGCCAACAGCACAUAUACAGGAAGUAUUUCCAUCACACCAACCAAAGUGGGUAAAGCUGAUCUUAUCAUCAUCUUCAACUCUCUUGAGCUGGACGACAUCAAUGGUACACAUCACAUGACCCUCAAGAAAGCUUAAAAUAGAUCGGCCUUUUCUUUUAUUGACACCUUUGACUGUGAGUUUUAGCAGACCAACUUUAAAAAGUCUGAGCUGGCUUAAGCCUUGUAUUUUCAACCCAACUAUUAUUGGGCAGUGAAUAUGUACAAAUUAAACAGAAAAUAAACAAAAAUGUUUAAAUACAAUGUUAAUGUGAGAUAAAAUGUAUUAUUGUGUGUUGUUUUUAUGCACUGAUAAAAAUGUUAUAGCAUAAAAAAAUAAUUUCAAAACUGACAAGACUUAUUAGGUUUUGUGAAAUUCUUAAAGCCAACCAUUUUUCACAACAAACCCUCCUUCCAUUUCUUGACUCCCUACCUCUGCCCAAUUUUGGAGCCUGCACUUUACAUACUAAGUCAAAUUUUGGAGCCUGCACUUUACAUACUAAGUCAAAUUUUAGAGCCUGCACUUUACAUACUAAGUCAAAAUGAUUGAUUGUGUAGUUGUAAUGAGAGGAAACGAAAUAAAAUGAUAGAUUAAAUAAGUUCAAUAAAAGAACGAACCAUAACAAAUUAAGCUUCUGUAUACUGCAGUAAAUGCUCUUCUACCAGCAAGUAGCUACCAUUGAAUGCGUAUCAGUGGCGUA